AUGAGCGGAAACGAGAAGCCGACGUCGCGGAUCGCGAUCGUGGGGGUGGGCCAGGUGGGCGCGGCGGCGGCGUACGCGCUGAUCCUCGAGUCGGUCGCGGGCGAGCUGCUGCUGGUGGACAUCAAAGCAGACUGGCGAGACGGGCAGGUACGCGAUCUGGCCGACGUGGCGUACGGCAUCGGCAGCGGCACGCGCGUGCGGGCGGCGACGCACCGCGAGGCGGGCCAGUGCGACAUUGUGGUCAUCACCGCCGGCUCCAAGUGGUCCAUCGGCGAGACGAACGUCCAGCACAUGCACCGCAACGUGUCGGUCAUGCGCAGCGUGAUGCGGGACAUGACGCCGUUCCGGUCCGACGCUAUCGUGAUCGUGGUGUCAAACCCGGUCGACCUGCUCACCUCCAUCGCGCAGGAGCUCUCGGGGCUCCCGAGGUUCCAAGUGUUUGGCUCGGGCACCUUUCUGGACUCGGUGCGGCUCCGGGGUCUAGUGGCCGACAAGGCCGGGGUCUCGGCCGAUGCCAUCCACCUGUCCGUGGUGGGCUUGCACGGCGACUCGCAGGUGGUGACGUGGUCGACGGCGACGGUCAACGGGGUGCCGCUGGACAGGUUCGUGGCUCCAGUCGUGUCGGGCGUGGAACUCAUGCACGCGGACCUCGAGGACGAGUGCAAGUUCCGUUCCGAGCACAUCAUCCGGGCCAAGGGGGGCACACCUUUUGGCAUCGGCUCGGUCGUGGCCAGCCUCUGCUCGACCGUCCUCCGGGACAAGGGCGACGUGCGGCCGGUCAGCUACUACCAGCCCGACUAUGGCUGCUGCUUCAGCCUGCCCGUGGUUCUGGGGAGGAAGGGCAUCAUGCGGACGAUCGCGAUGCCGCUGGACGAGCGUGAGAAGGCCACGGUGUCCCGGUCGGCCCAGAGGCUCAAGGAGACGAUUGAGCGAUUGCACAAGAGCCAGUGA